AUGGCGUUUUGGGACUUGGAAGACGAGCUAGGGUUUGAAGCAGAGAAAAUAGAGAACGGAAAAUCUAAUAGUUUCGAGCUAGGGAAGAAAGAAUGGAUCAAAAAUGUUGUUGAAUAUUUGCAAGUAACGGAGGAAGAAUUUCAAGCUAGGGAAGAAAGAAGGGAGGAAGAAUUUCGUGCUAGGGAAGAAAGAAUGGAUCAAAAAUGGGCGAUGAUUAUGGCACGGAUAAGCAAAUUUGAAAAAGGUGGUCCUUCUAAAACCAGUGAUGAAGAAGGUUGUGGUGAUUUGGAGAAUGACUCACAAGAAGAUGGUUCUGAUGAUGAAGAAGAUGAUGAAGAUGAUGAGUUCAGUAAGAAUGAAUUAUGA